AUGCGAAAUUCCCGAAAAAGCCGGAGGAUUUCGCUGCUGCUUACCCAUCCGCAAACCGAGGAUCAGCAGCUACUGCUCGACGACCUGAAUGAUGAUGUCCUUGCUAUCAUUGUCGACUACCUGUUCGAUAUGGACGAGCUGAAUGGUCAGCGCAUCCACCUGUACAUUAAUACAGGCCCUUACGUUCGCACUCAUCGAAGUACUUUCAACCUUGGCGUCGCCAACAAGCGACUCCGUUCUGCGUGCAUUCGAAAGCUGUUUAGAGACAUCCACAGGUGCUCAUCGACGAUGGGACAACUCAAUAGGCAGCUGAAGGACACCGAGCCAAACUCCCAAAACCUUUCGAGUAUCCGGCAGUCUGACGGCAAGGUAUCAUCUGUGCACAACAAGUACUACGAUGAUGACAACCUUCCAAGGAAUUGGGGGAUCAUUGGCAAUCACUUUGGCCGUGACGGCUUUCCCCUGGUGUUGAGCUUCCCGGGCGAUAUCACUUCGUACGACGAGAAGCAUGAUCCCCCCAACUAUGGAAGGGAAACUCCUGCUGAAUGGGAAGCAGACAAAACACGGGAAAGACCACCUAAGAUUGAAAUCUUCGAUCGCGGAUCAUCGAUUCAGGAUGCUGAGAAAGAAUGGUACGCAAAACGGUAGAUGCAAUGGGAACACGAUGAUCGGUGUUGAUUCGACUCCCUCGAGGAUAUAAACACUCAUGAGCUGCAAUGCAAAUUGUCACCGAUGCUGUUGUGCACAGCAAAGCGGAACAUAAAGUUACGAUCAGUCACAACGGACUCGUCGAAUCAAGGGUACUUCGGAGAUGAGAUGGUAACACUGUAUCAAGUCUAGGGCUGCGUGUACGAAGGCGCACGACGCCAUACUUUAAGGCACCAUCGGCUAUGGAGCAGCAAAUGAGCAACAUCACUCAUGUCUCCGUAAAGCAAGUUUCUCGAAUGGCUGAAUUUCCGUUUUGUCGUUAUCAAGAACUUCCAUAGCAUCGUAGAGUACAGG